AUGACGAGUGAUACUAAUCUGAAAGACCCUCAGUGCGCUGAAAUGGACACUGAUGUGUCUAGAAUUGAAAAUCCAACGAACGAGAUUGCAGUUUUCUCAUCCGAAAAAGGUGAGGGAAGCGAUCGGCACGUGGUGUUCUCAAGGGAAGACCCAAUAAUGUCAGGAGGGGGAGGAGGUUGUAGUUGUGUUGGCACAAAGAAAUUCAAAUCGAGAUUGCCUACCGAAUAUUCUGAGCUCGGAAAAAAUGACACAGUUGGGCAUGAGAAGAGACUCAGUAGACAAGACAGGAUUGAGUUGGGACGAAUGUUUCAAGGUGCUGUGAGUUCUCACGAUUGGGAACUUGCGGAGAGUCUCGUAUUGCUUGCAGAUUCACAGACUCUUAAUGAUGCCUUGUGUAUUUCAUUGGAUUCAAUCUGGUUUUUGAGCACACAGCAGGAAUUAUAUGGGAUCACUGGGAUAAUUAAGAAGAUCAUCGUCAACGGUGCUUAUGACUUCACCAGAGCUGCUCUUAGGACUUCUUUCCUUGCUUCCUGUGUCUCUGCAUGUCAGAGCCGUACUAUGAGCUUGGCAGACACUGUAACCGUGAUGGCACAAAGGUUGCAUGAGCGCCUUCAAGAAUGCAACGGGGAUGAGGUUUUGAAGGCAGAAGCUGGUGCCAAAGUUCAGAAGUUUACUGAAUGGGCUUUGAAAUGCAUAGGUUUCCACUCUCGUUGCCAGGGAAAUAGGGAUAGAGUGAGUCAUAACUCUGGUGUUGAGAUCCAACUUCAGUUAUCUGCGUUCAAGAUGUUCCUAGAUCUUGCUGGCAACCAUCUUACAGGAAAGGAUUUUACAGAGGCCUUUGACGCGGCUUGCUUUCCCCUCACUCUCUUCUCUAGUUCGUUUGAUCCUGGUUGGGCCUCAGGUAUAUCGGCAACUGCAAUUCAAGGGUUGCUGGGCAUGUUGGUGGAGGGAGGUGCAGACAAUGUCAACCAAUGUUUUCUUGAAGCCUCACGUUUUGGAAGCACAGAACUUGUGCGUAUCUUGUUGCAGGGGGAGUGUUCAUCUUCCCUGAUGGCUGGUCAGAAAAAAACCCUAGCCAUUAUUGUGCUAGCAACAUUGAGAAGCAUGCGUAUGACAACAAGAGAACACGAUGACAAGCACAAGAAGAUUGCUCAAAGGAAUAGCUUGGAUGUUGAUGUUGACCUGGCUUUGGGCUUUGCUUCACACUAUGGCAAGAUUGGCACCAUGGAAUGUCUAGUGGACGAGGGGAAUGCCAUAGCUUUCUUGGGUCCUUUGAUGAGAGCGGCUGAGAAGGGUUGUAUGCAAGUAGUCCAGUGGUUUGUGAAGAGGGGCUGCCGGGACAUGGAACUCUGCCUUGCCCUUACAGCUGCCACUUCAAGUAGUCAAGUUGAGAUUGCUGCUUAUCUCCUGCCUCACGUUCCUCAGCAUGUCCUUGCAGCCCUUAGCAUUGAAAUUCUCAAGGCUGCGGGUGAACGAAGUGGUGGUUCUCUUGAUGGGGUAGCAUUUCUCCUCCAGUCUGACUUCCUCGGUGAUCCUGCCGCUACCUAUGCGGUUGCAGACAGCAUUGCUGGGUCUAGUGAUGAGGCUAUUGCUCCUGAGCUCAGAGCUUUUCUUCGAGAACACUGGUCAGAGGCAGCUUUCUCUGAUGGAUUGAAGCAAGGACAAGAACAUUACCUGAACAUGGUGAGAAUUUUGAAGUGGGGUGAAUCUCCUAUUUGCUUAAGGGAUCUCCCGGCCCCUCUGAGGGUGGCCAUAGCAUACCUGCCACUGUAUAGGGAGUGUGUCAAGACAGGUGGUUCCUUGUUAUCGCAAUGGCUUAGGGGCCAGCUUGUGGAAGCCACAAGAAGGCUGGGAGGUGAAGCAGUGGAGAGGGCAAGCCAAGGAAGAGAGCUCUUGGCUGUUUUAGAGCAUCAUCUUCCUCCAUUUUUGCUCCAUGUGCCAAAUGUUGCUUAG